AUGGGCGAUCCAAAUCACCCCUAUCAACUUGAAGCCUUCAACAUUUUCCAAACGGCAUGGCUGGACCUGCAAUAUGGCCAGCACACUGCAUCACCGCCAGUCUUACAUGAUAUUGCGAACCAGGCUGCCGACAGGCUUGCAGCCGCAACAGAAGCUGCAGAAAACCCAGGAUCUUUUCUCUAUAGCGCCUUGUCAGCUAUCGUGGAUCAUGGAUCUCAAUCCCCCGCAUCUUUAGACCUGAUGCUACAGACUUACACACAAGCCGCAAAACAGCUUCCCGCUUCGGUAUCCGGCGGCUACGGCAAAGGCAUGGAUGCAGCAAUGGGAGAGCUCAACUGGUGGAUUGCAGAAGAAGCUGAUCUAUUCAGCCCCCCCUUACAAUUUACACAAGAAACACCAGGCCAAUCAUCCACAUGCGACUCCUCGAAUCCCCAGUUCCAAGAAAGGGAUGUCAAAGAUCGCCAAGCUGACGUUCUCGACAGAACCCAAGAAUGGAGAAAAGAACGCGUGAGAUGGACGCUGAUGUCUGCAGCAAUGGGUCGUUGCUACGCCCUGGACUUAGUGAGAGCGAACGAGGGUAAGAACGCCACUGCGCAGGUGGAUGGGGCAUUGGAUAUCGAGGGAGCCGGUUGGAGCGAGGCGCAGUUUGUUGGCGCCACGGUCAUGCUGAGAGCUUGUGCUAAGUCGUUGGGUGUGGAGACUAUUAAGGUAUCUGAAUGGGUAGAGAAACUGGAAGCUCUUUUGUGGCGUGAGCAUGUCAGUUUCACUGUUAAAUCACAUUCUGAGCUUCUGUUGAGGAACCUCAGGGGGGGACCAUAUGAUGAGACGAGUGAACAGCUUUUCCAAAUGAAAGAUUGGUUAUUUUAG